CCUGGCGUGCCUAUUUCUGAAGCGUGGUGCUGACGUCAACGCGGUGGACGCGGAGGGGAAGGACGCCCUCACCAUCGCCAUGGAAUUGGCCAACGCCGAUAUCGUCACCCUGCUGCGGUUGGCCAAGAUGCGAGAGCUGGAGGUGGCCCAGGGGCAGACCAGUGACGACACCUACCUCGACAUCUUCCGUGACAUCUCCCUCAUGGCUUCCGACAACCCCGAGAAGCUCACCCGUGCCCCCUCGAAGCACUCCACCCUAUAGCUCUGCCCCCUCGAGGGUCAAGCCCCUCUCUCCGGGGGCAGGCCAUGCCCCCCCUUUUCUUAAUUGAAAUAAAGCAAUCGCCUUUUUUUGUUCUCAGGCAA